GAGUGUGCUCGAUUGGCUAUUGAAGAUAUGGGCCAUUAUUUGUCGUCAAAAGAAGGGGAAGUGGCUAUACUGGACGCGACGAAUACCACCAGAGAUAGGCGUCGGUUGAUUGUCGACUAUUGCAGGAAUCCUAUGUUCUACCCACCGUUUAGGGUUUUCUUCAUAGAAAGUGUUUGCGAAGAUGAACACAUCGUCAACACGAAUAUCACCGAGGUGAAAAUCAACUCACCCGACUACAAGGAUAUUAUGUCACAUGAAGAGGCUACAGCGGACUUUCUGAGAAGGAUCGAAAACUACAAGCUGCAGUACGAGCCGUUAGAUGAACACUUGGACAGUGAUCUCUCUUUUAUAAAGGUAAUCUCAUGCUAG